AUGAGUGGAAGGUAUCAUUGCUAUGAUCAAAUUACUUUGAUAUUUUUAAAUUGUCUAUCGGUCGUCAUACUAUGUGCUACACAACAUCUUUGUUUCCAGUGUUCAGAUCCAAAUAUCGAAGUGCAUUAUGGAGCAUUUUUCAACAAUCCAAGAAUUCUUCAAGAUAGCAGUAGUGAAAAUGAACGACAACCGAAAUGUGAAUCAGGAAGAAAGGCCAGAAUUCAAAUAUGUCGUGAUCCGUGCUAUACGUUAAAUGUUACUACAUUUGAUAUCAAAACUGAACAAUUUCUAUUGUUCGGUAUGUCACACGGUUGUUCAACAUUAAUUCUUCCACCAAGCAAAAUCCGAUCCAGUGGUUGCUAUCAGUCAAAUAUUCUAUUAAAAACUACACCUGCACAUCCGUUACAAACUCAGUAUUGUUUUUGCACCAGUGAUUCAUGCAACAUUAUCAGGCCUGCAAAUGCAAUGAUGCAUGUUGAUGCUUCAAGAUUUAAAGAACAGGAAAUUAAACCGGUGGUCAUUCAUGAUUACACAGUACCUAAUAUCAUUUCCGGUUCCAUAACAAAAAGUGUACAUCUUUCUGAUACUUUUCUCUUACUAUUUGUACUGAUAAGAUAA